UGAGGCAUAAUCCGCAGUCCAAAUAUUUAACAUUCAUAUAUUCGCAGUCGUUAAGUUGUUAAUUGAGAUGAAGACCAACCGCAGCAAGAGAAAAAUAAGUCUGUUAACUAACCAUACAUUUCCAAUACACACUGUGCAUCCGACAACCCCUUUGACUACCAAGGAAAAUUAUACCCUGGGCUUAGGGAUCGGUUAAAACCAGUGCUGUUACAGCAAUGGUCUUUGCAAGGCUCCGAUGUGGUAGGAAAAAGAGCGAAUACAUUAAACAUGUCAUUCACUUUUUUUUUAUAUGUUUCAAAUAUGCGUUGCAAAAACAGCACCGGAUGCAGUUAGCAGGAAUUACUUAGUUUUACGGUUUUUCCGUUAUCCCUCCAUAAAUUUUAUGCGCUAAUGAAAAGAGACGAUUUAAUAACGUUACUGCCAUGUAGAGUUACUUUGAAACGUUCUUUGAUCGAGGUUUGCCCAAUUUGUUUUCCUUCCAGGAAACUGACUUUUGAGGAGAGUUUAUUUUCGAUCAAUUCGACAAAAUCAAUAAAAUUGAUCAUGCAUAAUGAAAACCCUAAUCGAGUUCAUUGAUUGCCGACCCAGGAUUAUAGUCAAUUUUUGAUUCUUAACGUCUGGGAUCAGAGCCAAUUUAAUGAAUUAACAGAGAGGAGAAAAUAUGAAACAAACUCAUCUUAUUAAGAGCCAAUCUUGCUCCUCCUGAUCGACUGAAAAGCUGCUUUGAAUCCUUACACCCUGUUAAUACCAGUGAAGCAGGCAAGAAUUCCAAUCUGUCGCCAAACGACACUGUGUUCCUUUAAAAUGCCAAAAAGCUCCACAUUUUAUUGUUUUAUAAUUUUUUCAAAUUUUUAUAGUCCUUCCUAUGAACAUCUUAGUAUUUAACAGAGAUCAGACUGAAAAUUCAAGCUUACGUUUGGCGAAGAAUACCAUUUUUAACCAAAGAACGCCUUUUUCAUAGUUUAUAUAGUAUAUAAAUAUGGAGACCACUUUGAUUCAUUUGUGGCAGGCAGCUUUUUUUUAAAAUAAUUGAUGAUGUUGCACGAUAAAUUUAGGUAUUCAAGCUUGAGAAUAUUACCAAAGCUGCCCUGUGGCGUUUUUUCGCCUGCUUGUUAUCCGUGCGCUAAAAGUUGAUCGAAAGUGAUAUGGUUCGUUGAAUAUUUCUAUGGUAUUUACUCAGCUUAUCAACUUAAAGGGAACUUACACGAUCUCAUAUUCUCUCAAUUUUUUGGUUUCAUUUUUAGUAGGAGCUUGCCCGCCCGCCUUUCUUGAUUAAUGUUCAAUGUUUUGACUGAGUUAACAAAUGAUAUUCAUUCACCGUUGGCCAAUUAUGACAGGUAGCAGUAACGCUAAUGGCUAAUCGAUUAUCCGAUUAAAUUACUCUACCCAGAGCGGAGCCAAAAUAAUAGCUUAGCUUAUGUAAAAACAAAUAACUUUAAGGUAAAGCCAUUUAUCCAUCAAAAGGUGCCCAAACACUUGGCCAACUCGAACAGUUAAUUUCAAUAUAACAUCUGACAGUGUUUACUUACAAAGCAGAUGACAGCAUUACAGAAUAUUUUUACUAAUGCACCAUUACCAUAGCAGGAAAUUAUACUGUUAGAGUACUCUCACUGGUUGGCUGAACAAUUUUUUUGACACCUGCAGUUAUAUUCGGUGAGUUAUAACCAAGUUAAGAGAAUCGGCUUUUUCAAACGUCUACAGGUGUUGUAAAAAAAAAAAAAAAAAAAAAAAAAAAAAAAUCAAACAAAAAUCAAACAAAAAAAACCGCAUGCUUCUUAAUGAAAUCCAGAAUUGCAUUCCGCAUCAUGAAAAGUACACAGUCAUUACAGUAGUUGUUGUAUGUUUGUCUUCGGUAAUAAAAGGUAACUUUUGAACCACUCCGGCUUAUGUAAACGCGUCGACAAAGAGAAGCGAUAGGUAACCAAGGUCUUUUUUUGAGCAGUAAGGAGCUUUUAGUCCAUUAAUGUAGCAACUUAAAUAACUAUAUUGAUUUUCUCAACAUCCUGGAUUACAAUCGGGUGAAACAUCAAGGGUGACGAAAAAAUGGAAACCUGGUUUUGGAUUGUUGGCUGGUUUCUUUCCAUUCUGACGAUAACAGGGAAUGGAUUUAUUAUCUUCCUUGUUACUAGCAAACGAAAUCUUCGAACUAAAACCAACGCGUUUGUCGUUUCACUCGCUCUGGCAGAUCUCUGUGUCGGGAUAACAGUGGUUCCUACAUUGUUUGUCUGCAACAAGGUGGCAGGUUGCAACUCAGAAGAUAACAUGAUGUACAUUGUUAGAAACUUUUUCGCCUUUGCGUCCGUGAUGAACUUGUGUAGCUUGGUCCUGGAUCGCUUCAUUGCCGUUGUUCAACCCUUAAAAUACUUGACACUCAUGACACGUCGCCGUAUCAUUCAAAUGCUUUCCCUAUCUUGGUCACUUCCGUUUGUAUCUCGAGCAUUUUACGCAUUGCCACAAUUUGUUGAAAGUCCAUUUCGCCUCAAGUUUCUUAGUAUCCUAACUCUAAUCAUCUUUGAAUUCCUUCCAACUAUCAUAUGUGUGUUUUGUUUUCUAUCUAUGUUACAAAUUCUCUGUAAACAUGAUCAAACAACUCGCUUGUUAGCAAAACAGUUAAGUUUCAACCAUAAGUUUUCUCGUAAGAAAAGGGAAAAGUCAGUUGUUAUAAUGACGGGAGUAGUGGUAGGAAUAUUUCUCCUGUGUUACAGUCUUUACAUGCGCUGUUCUUUUGUGUACUUAUUCAGUGACGGUCCAAAACCAUGUAAUGAUGUUCACUAUAAAAUCCCUAUUUUAGUGUUAAACUCUGCCGUCAACCCAUUAGCUUACUCUUUCUUUAAGAGAGACGUAAAGAAGGAGAUUAAAAGACGAAUUUGGUGUGCAAAAUAAAACCUAACGGGAAGAAUGAUCAAAAUGAAAAUGAGAGGCACAUGUUUGCAGCUGCAUUCACUAUCACUUACAAUAGUACAAGUACAGAAAAACUUAGUAAACAUUAGAAGUAAUUUGACCUAUCUCCUGAAUUACACUGUAACUCAGACCAAACAAACGACAAAGAGUGCAAGAGAAACAAUAGAAGACCUUCUUCCUCUAGUAAAGUCCUCAAGUUAACCAAGGUUAACGGCUCUACCAUGCUUUAUAUCUUAAUCAAGAGAGGAGAAAAUUAGUACUUCGUGUUAAAGAUGCUUGUAGAAUUCAGUCGAAGUAAUGCUUAUGGCAAAUGUAACGUGUAUGUCCGGCGAUAUCAACCCCGAGUUAUUAAAGGUAAUUGAACUUUAGGACUCAGUAGAUAAUAGGCUGACAAAUAGUGUGGGGCUUUUUCCAUAUUCCGACUGGUUCCUGAGAAAAUCUAUUUCUAAAUUUGACGAAAGAAAAUUUUUAGGUUGUCACGUUCCGGAACGUUAUGAGGGAUUUUGUCGCGAAUUU